AUGGAUUUCAUUAGUAUCAGUUCCACAUUGCGACUGUCACAUUCUUUAUCAAAUGACGAAGAAGUGGUGUUGUCGAGAGCAGAGGCUCCCCGAUUGGAAAGUAUUGAACGGCCAUCAUUGUCUUAUAAGGAUUUAAUCAUCGAAGCGAUCGAAAGUAGUCCGGGGAAGCGAUUGAAACUUAAUGAAAUAUAUCAGGUAAUUCGACUACUUCACCCUUAUUACCGUCAUCGUCCUGAUCAGUGGGGCUGGCAGAAUUCGAUCCGUCAUAAUCUCUCUCUACACGAUUGUUUCGUGAAGCUGCCACUCAAGCAAACAUCUGCAAGUGGUGUCGUUGGACAUUUUUGGACAGUUGUGCCAGAAUCGAGCGAUAAGCAAACUCUACGUCGACGCAGCCGCGCACCAAAUCGAAACGGAAAUCGAGCCAAAACGAGUGACUCUGUGCGAGAAACCUGUGCAGUUCGGGAAGAUGUCAUAUGCUUUGGAGGUGGCGAAAUAUCUCCAUCUCCAUCACAACACUCUAUUAGCCCUCCAUCAGACAUACCUAAACCGACGGCUAGUUACCGUGGGAUGGAAAAUAUUCUAGGCGACGGUUACAAGGCAUAUGGACAGUCUCUCCUAAGCGCUUAUCUGUAUCAACAUGGUCUGUUAAAUUCACUUCAACAACAACUAGUCGAAAUGACUCAAGCACAUCUUCCGUCUUAUUUACUAGGUCUUAAUCCGUUGUUGCUCUUUACCCAACUAAGAGGUCAGGCUGCGGCUACAAGCAUCACGCCAUCUCUGUCCACAUCAGCACAGACAGCGUCUAUCAUGCAAGAGACACCUCUUCUUUUGUAA